AUGGCGGGAAGCAAGAGGGCGGAAGGGCGGGCUGCGAGAGGGCGGAAGGGCGGGCGGCGCGAGGAGGGAAGGUCGGGCGGGCGGCGGAAGGGCGGGCGGGCGGCAGAAAGACGGGCGCGCAGCAGAAGGGUGUGCGGCGGAAGGGCGAGCGGCGAUAAAACCGUGUACAAGAAGAGCUGCUCUGAUCCUCUGUGUACCAGUUGCAGUGCUUACAACGCAUGCCCAAAUGUCGGCAACUAUUAUUACUCAGUGAGCUGCUCUGCUACAAACUACAACGGUUACGCGGGUUCAAGCAUACAAAUUGGACGAAGCAUGGCGGGCAACGGCAACCUUGUCAACACAAUCGUUUCCAAUCCCGUGGACAACACGUUGGACAACGACUUUGUGACCUUCUACAGAAGCAGUGGCAGUAGUUUCUCGUGGUUAACCCUUGGAUCAUCAAAUGGCAAUAUCCAAGUGACCAGCAGUGUUUCGACCUCUGCGGGUACAUACAGUAUAGUGUAUUGCGCCCGGAACCGACGAUCUAAGACGAAAUGUGAGACGUUGAGCAUCACAGUGUAUGACAGCUACGUUAGCAACUCACCGGCCAUAACGUCCCUGCACGAGAACACAGACGCGCUAAAGAAUCUGUGGACUAUCACAGCGAAGUGUGACAUCUCGUACACGUGCGGAGGAUUCACGUGCUCUGCCCAAGAAGACUGCAACUCGUGUACAGUCAGCAAUACACAGAACUUCUUCGCAAUGAGUGGUACUCAUACCGUGUACAAAAAGGAAUGCCUCACUCCCUUAUGCGACACGUGCAGCGUAGGUAAUUACUGUGCCAACCGAGGGGAGACCUACACCUACACAGUGUCGUGUGUCCGAACCAACACCUUCGGCUACUCUGGCUUCACUUCUGGAACCGCUACGAAAACGGUCUCCCUGUCGUUUUUCGCUGAUGUCAAUCCGCCUUUUGCGUACGAUUCCAGUAUUGGCAACUCCAUAAACAUUGGCAAAGGCAUUCCGGGCACAGGUCAGAUGGUCAAUAGGAUCUUCUCCAAUCCGGAGGAGACCACAGAUGACAACGAUGUACCCGUUUUUUGGCGUAGUUCCGGUGACAACCCUGCGUGGCUAACCGUCGUUCGAGCAACUGGUGAAAUCAAGGUGACGUCAUCAUUGACCUCGGAGACUGCUACCUCCAUGAGCAUUGUCAUGUGCGCUGAGAACAGACGUCAUCAGACAACGUGCCAUACACUGACUAUCCAAAUUUAUCACAUGUCCAUUACGAACAAUCCGUCUAACGAUAGUCUGCACGAAAACACUGACAUCGAUAAGCUGCUUUGGACCAUCACGGGCACAUGCGACAUCUCGUACCAGUGCUUCUCGGUGUACACCUGCGCCCAAUCUCACGUCUGCGAUAGCUGCGCUGUAACUGACACCUACAACUUCUUCUAUGUUGAUGGUACUCAUGCAGUGCACAAAAAGAAAUGCCUCACUCCCUUAUGCGACACGUGCAGCGUAGGUAAUUACUGUGCCAACCGAGGGGAGACCUACAACUACACAGUGUCGUGUGUCCGAACCAACACCUUCGGCUACUCUGGCUUCACGUCUGGAACCGCUACGAAAACGGUCUCUUUGUCGUUUUUCGCUGAUGUCAAUCCGCCUUUUGCGUUCGAUUCCAGCCUUGGCAACUCCAUAAACAUCGGCAAAAGCAUUCCGGGCACAGGUCAGAUGGUCAAUAGGAUAUUCUCCAACCCCGAGGAGACUACAGACGACAACGAUGUACCCGUUUUUUGGCGUAGUUCCGGUGACAACCCCGCGUGGCUAACCGUCGUUCGAGCCACUGGUGAAAUCAAAGUGACGUCAGCAUUGACCUCGGAGACUGCUACCUCCAUGAGCAUGGUCAUGUGCGCUGAGAACAGACGUCAUCAGAAAACGUGCCAAACGCUGAAUAUAACAAUUUAUUACACCUCCAUUACGAACAACCCGUCUAUCGUUCGUCUGCACGAGAACACGGACCGCGACAAGUUGCUAUGGAACGUUACGGGCACGUGCGACAUCACGUAUCAGUGCUUCUCGGUGUACACGUGCGCCGAGACUCACGUUUGUGAUAGCUGCGUUGUUACUGACACCUACAACUUCUUCUAUAUUGAUGAGCCAGCCCACGAUGUGCACAAGAAGACCUGCCUGAAGCCUCUCUGUGAGCCGUGCUAUAUCAGCGACUUCUGCGUCAACGAAGCUGAGACGUACAAUUAUACCGUGGACUGCGUCAAGACAAACUACAAUAGCUUCUCUCAAUUCACCACUGGGCACGCCGUGCGCACACCGUCUCUGUAUUUCUACACGGAUAUUAUACCACCGUUCAAGUAUGACGACGGAAAUAACAUCGUCGUAUUCCAGAACAAUUCCUACAAGGACACCAUCAUCAACAAGAUUAUCUCUAACCCGGUUAACGAAUCCGACGAUAAUGACGAGAUAUUCUACUACACGGACCGACCACCGCGACCGUCUUGGAUACACGAAAAUAUCCUGUUCGUAUUGGACACUAGCAAUGGCUUUGUUAAAGUCAAUAAAACACUCGAGUUUGAAUUUUCCUACACAUUCGACAUGAGGCUGUGCGUCCGAAAUCGUCGACAGUUUAUUAACUGUGACACAUUCAACAUAACACUGUGGGCGUGUUACCAGACUCCGAACUGCACGGACCAGAAAAUACUUGACCUCAAGGAUACCCAUGCCAUCUAUGGACACAGUGACAACACAUCCCUGUUCCAGAUGAUCUACCCACAACCCACCUACCACUUCCCCAACUUCAGGAAUACUUGGUCAAAUCUGACGUGGACGCUGGAUAAUGGUGGAUUUAUUGAAUCAACAAUCAACCCUUUAACGGGUGAUAUCUACUUGACGCAGAACAUCAGUAUCUGGCCAUCGUGGCCGACCAGACACUAUAUAGAGACUGUAACAGUGGCCAACUCCGAGUCAUGCUACACCACCACGUGUCAAAUGGAUGUCACCAUUUGGUAUACGAACUGGAAACCCCGGAUUAGCAGCUUACCAGCCCAGAAAAAACUGCACGAGGAUACGGACGCUGAGACGUUGCUCCACAACCUUGAAGUGUAUGACUACAACUACGACAGGCCUGCGGACGGCCAUGCGCUUGAGGACAACUCCACUUGCUGGAUUGAAUACGUGUUCGAUCAGUGGGGUGAGAACGACAUGGAACUGUUUGAACUGAAAGAGGAUCCAAACAAUCCGAAAAGAUGGAACUCUUAUUCGCUGUACAAACGAGAGUGCCGCGUCCCCGGCUCUCCGUAUACCCCACCAUGCGGGUACAAGCGGGAAAACUUCACGUGCCCGAAACACACGGGCUGCAUGACCCACAACGUGACUCAGUGGUACGACGUGUCAAUCCGAUGCAGGGACGGAUAUGGGGCCGAGGAUAACCGAAACUUCUCGUUCUAUCCCGUGCAUAACGUGGCUCCGACGUAUAGGAAUUUACCUAAGAGCAUAACGCUGAACGUAAAGACCGGAAGUGAACAUGACAUCAUUUUCUCCACCAUGUACCGAGACGCUGAGAAUGAGAAUCUCACAUAUGAGUAUACGUUCGUUAAACAGGGCGGGGGCGACGUGACCUACUUUAAAGGCGAUCCCAGUGGAAACUAUUUCAACCAGCUUGGCAAUGUGUCCCUCACGACGUAUAUGUACGAAACGCCCAACGCCACGUACAAGAUACUAAUAUGUGGCCACGAGCGGCGGAAUGAGAUAUGCGAAUACCUUACUGUGGAUUUCAGAGAUUAUUGCGGGCCCACUCCCGAAUGUAGGAGUAGUUCCACGACGGUGACGUCAGAGACACCUGCGGGCACUGUGAUAUUUAGCGUUGCUGACCUCGUCACGAACGCUGCCCUCUACACAAGCAUGGAAUUUUCCCUGACAGCGCAAUACGCCAAUAUGUUUGAUAUUAAUAGCGCAACGGGAGUUGUCAAAACAACAUCCAAACUUACCGCUUCAUAUCCAUCGACUGCCUACAGUUUGAACGCCUUUGUUACCGACGUUAACUCGUGCGGUUUCUACUCCGUGUGCCCACUGAGUGUGGUCGUCACCUAUAUCAACUUUCCGCUAAAUAUAACGAACCUGCCAGCUACAGUCACAAUAAAAGAAGAUACGUCUUUCACCGUGUUGCUAUUCACUGUUAUGACGUCAGACCAGAAUACCGAUGAUGAAGUCAUAUGUGCUAUAACCAAUCCCAAUGACAACAAACCGUUUUACAUGGUUGAAACAUUCAUUGGAUCGGGAGUGUUUGUUGUGAAGAACUAUGUAGCUGGGACAAACACAGAACGGAAGCUCUCAUCCGCAAAGCUUGCGUAUACCGUCAGCAUCAGCUGCAACGACAGCAUCGGUCAGGGCGACACUGGCGACCUCAAGAUAAACGUCAUACCCAACGAGGGGCCCAGUCUCACCACAAUUAUUGGCACGAUAAGCAGGAAUGUUGACCAGUCGACGGUGUUCAAAGGAGCCGUGCUCUUGACAGAGGCGGCCAAAGACCCCGAGGGCGAUGCGCUGACGUACACGUGCACUGUGAACAGCAGCAACAACCCACUAACAUGCGCCGUGGCCAAGCACACGUAUCCUUCCAUCACCAAUCUCCCUACGAGCAUCUUGGUGCCAGAGGAUAAGGCAGUAGGAUCCACGCUGUUCGAGCCCGUUGUCUUUGAUUUGGACGUUCCCGUGGAGACCAAACAGUUCUCCAUGAAAGUCGUACCGGCGUCGGCGUCUUCCUAUUUUCUUUUGGAUAAAACCACCGGGUUUGUUACAUUAGCGAAGGGUUUGGAUUAUGAGACAACAUCGUCAUAUUCCCUAUACAUCGACGUUAAGGACCCAUACCUAUCGAGCCAGUCGUCUGGGCGUCUGAUAAUUAACGUCACUAACGUCAACGAACCAAACACGUUAACGGCAAAGAAAACAACAAUUAGUUUUAAGGAAACGCGGAAAGUUGGGACGUCGUUUAACUUUGGCCUCAGGUGUACGGAUGCUGAUGAUUUUGACACGCAAACGUUUUCCAUAAAAAGUGGAACACACAAAGACUACUUCAGGAUGGACAGCUCAAGUCCUCUCAUAUACCUGACAAAAUCAUGGGAUCUUGAGGACGGGACGGCGAGUAUUUACGGGGUUACGAGUACCAUGCUGGUGGUGCAGUGCGAGGACUCCGGGGGCCUCACUUCCGACGUGUACCUCUAUUUCCUGAUUGAGGACGUCAAUGACCACAAGCCGGUGUUUAAUUACACUCUCCCGCCUGGUCAGACCGACUUUAAAUUUAAACUUGCUUCCAACGCCUCCUUGUCGACAUCCUUGCUGACGCUCAGUGCCACGGAUCCAGACAUUUCGUACGACAUAUUGGGUAAUGGCCUCGGUAGAAAGUACUUCCGGAUGGAGAAGCGUGUUUCCAGGAAGCGCGCGACAUCGACAACUGCGGAGCUGAAGUUGCGACAACCAUUAGACUUUAGCAACACGAAAACAUUCAUCUUUUAUGUAAAGAUCAGUGACGGUGGGACGCCUCCUCAGUUCGAUACGUUAGAAAUAACCGUCCAAUACAGCCCCGACCCACACGUUCCAAAAGCGGCGGACAUCUCCAAAUGCAUAACGUGCUCAAAAUCCGGUCAGAGCUUGAUAGCGGUGUUGGCAGUCGAGUGUGCCAUAGCGCUUGGCCUCAUUGUUCACGCGCUCUUCGCCACAAGGAUCAUUGGUUCUUCUGAUAAAAUGUAUGACUGUGUUUUUAUACCCCCAGUACUAUUGGUUAUGGGGGCUAUAUAG